AUGUCACCACCGACGCGCUUCAGCUCUAUGAGGGCCAGCAGCAGGCCUGCCGCCGUCCUGCCCCCAGUCUCUCGCGACGACAGCAGCCUGGCCGCCUUCAGAUCUUUCAGAUACGAGAAGACCGUUGCUGCUGAGCCCCCCGUGCAGUACAAGCCCACGAUCAAGCGCGCCUCCACCAUGCUGCCGCCCCGGGAGCCUUCUCUGAAGCGGUCACCAUCCAGCUCGACAACAACCUCGUCCUCGGCGAACUCAUGCACGGCAUCGGUUUCCGCCGUCUCGCUGGCCGGCACCGCUGCCACCUCCAUCCACGGCGGCAGCGUCGUCGUCGUUGCGGCGCCAUCGAUGCGUCUAAUCCUGCCUUCUGUUCCGCCCCCGACGGAGCUCCAUCCGGCCCUGCGCUCGCCUGCACCGCUGCUCGACGAGCGGAAGCGCGACUCGGGACACGGCAGCGCCAUCAUGAAAGAUACCAUCCACGAGGAGGAGCGCCUCAACGUAGUCGGUCUUAGCGAACAUGACGAUUGUUUCGUCGAGAGCCGGCAACGGUGGCGGCAGCAGCCGACAACGUCCAAGCACGCCGCCGCCACAUCGUCUCCGGCGACCCCCCCUGCGUCGUCUGUGAGCGCGGGCCCUGUUACUUUCGGCAGUGGUAAACCGCGCCGCCAAAGUUUAUUUCCUGCCAACGAGGUGCGGCCUCGGCCUGCCACUGCCUGCCUCACGACAAGCGGCACCUAUUAUGGCGCUGGUGCUCCUUCUAAAAACAGCAGCGCCUGUGCCACUGGGGCGGCACCCACUAACGGAAGCCCUGCGACAAUCACCGCAGCCGCUAGGGCCCCCAAAACAUCACCUUCAUCAAUAAUUGCUCCUCUCGAUCUGCACAUCACAUCUACUGCCUCCUCCUCCUCCUCUUCUUCCUCUCGCAACAAGCUUCCUCCUCCCACUGUUUCUGCUGCCAUCACCGCGUCCGACUUUAUUCCUGCUCCUCUUUCGCAGCCCCCCUCGCCCUCCCGCUCCUCGUCCCGCGCGUCGUCCCGCCCGAAGCUCUUCAGGCGACAAAGCCUCCACAUCUCCUCCCUCUGGGGCGGCUCCCGCGACGACAGCGCCACUACCAGACCCAGCAGCAACAACAACACGCAGCCGCACUCUCAGCACAAUACCACCCCGAGAGCCCUUCGACGUUGUCACAGUGGUUCCCAGCUGCGGGGCACCUCGACGGAUGCUGUUGGUAAUACGAGACUUGCUGCGGAUAUUACUAUUCCUGGUUCUGCUGCUCGCCGUCGCCCUGCUACUGGCGCCGCUGCAACCCCAGCAGCCCCAGCCUCCGCUAAGCUUCAGCCACUGGUAAAGCCACCCUUGUCCCCUGCGCGGAGCUCCUCCCGAUCGUCGUCGCAGGCCAUGUCGUCGCCUUCUCCUGACCUUGACCGCGAGAGCGCCGCCGCUGACUUUUCGCCCCUGGUCGUUGCCAUUGACACCGAGAGCCUGCUGGAUGAUUCUUACAUCACCUCCAUGCACUUCUCUAAGCGCGGCAGCUACAUCGACCCCGACAACAUCCUCGCGAUGGGCCGCAUGUCCAUCACCGACGACGACCGAAGCGCGACACCCACCCAGCACUCCUCUGUCGCCACCGUGCCUCGGCCUGCUUCGUCGGCCACCAGCUACGCCGCUGCAGAUGGGCAAGCUCGCGCGCCGCGCCGCGCCGCAUCGCCAGCCCCCGACAUGCCUGGCAUCAUGACCCCCGAUCUCGAGCAAGAGUCGCAAAAGGUCAGGCAGCUUUACGCCUCAGGAUCGCCCCCUGCCUCCCUGCGCGAUACCUCCAGACACUCGUACUGUGAUCGCCUUGAGCCUACCCCAGAGGUCCUGACUGAAGAUGACGAUUCCGCUGCAAACGGAAAUACUCUCGCACCUUCAUUUUCCGUGCCAAAUUCCGUAAACUCUUCGUCUAAUGAUGCUACUGCCCGCCGCGAACCCACCGACCCUGCAGGCGGCUUCGAGGACUGGGACGAUCUUGAUAGCAAUAUGGUCGACCGCUACGGUUUCAUCGGCACCCCACGCAGCCAGUCGCGCGUUGGAACCCCAACCGAGAUGCGCUCACAACACCGUUCCCCUCGUCGCCGCAACGUCCUCAUCAAGCGCGACCCGAUGGGCUUCGCCUCAUCCCAGGGCCGCGUGCGCCUCCCCAGCCGCAAAGUCUCGGCCCGCUCUCUCAACACGCAACACUCCGAGGUUUCGCUCGUCUCGUUUCGCUCCUCACGCUCCGUUCUCCGCCAGGCCGGCAACCUCCUCCCGCAGAAUAGAAAUCGUCGCUGGAUGGACGAGGCUGGCGACAUGCUGACGGUCUCCCCGAACCUACAAGACAGCGUUGAGGAGGCGCAGGUGGAAAAGAUCUCGGAGGCACUGAAGCGCAAGGAAAUAGAAAGAUCCGAAAAGUGGCGGCGCAUGGCGCGGGUCAUCCGCAAUGGCGACCAAGGGCAGGGCAUGGAGUUUGACUUUGACACCCGGAACCCGAAGUUGAUCGAGCGCACGUGGAAGGGCAUCCCAGACCGGUGGCGCGCCGCCGCCUGGUGGUCCUUCCUCGCCACAUCUGCUAGGGAGUAUGCCGAAUCCGCCACGGACGACGAAAUCACGGCCGACUUUCACCGACUGCAGGACUGCGCGUCGGCCGACGACACCCAAAUCGACCUGGACGUGCCGCGGACAAUCAGUCGACACGUCAUGUUCCGACGGCGCUACAGAGGCGGGCAGCGGCUGCUGUUCCGGGUGCUGCACGCGCUGUCGUUAUACUUUCCCGAAACGGGCUAUGUGCAGGGCAUGGCGUCACUGGCCGCCACGCUUUUAUGCUACUUUGACGAGGAAAAGUGCUUUGUGAUGCUGGUGCGCAUGUGGCGGCUGCGCGGGCUCGAGCGGCUCUAUCGCCCUCCGGGCUUCCAGGGCCUCAUGGCGGCGCUACACGAGUUCGAGACGCGCUGGCUGCACCGCGAUGUGGCCGCCAAGAUGGCUGACCUGGGCAUCGACGGCACCGCCUACGGCACCCGCUGGUACCUGACCCUGUUCAACCUCUCCAUCCCGUUUGCCGCGCAGCUGCGCGUCUGGGACGUCUUCCUGCUCCUCGGAGACCCGGCCCGCGGCGAGCUACAUCCACCGCAAUCGGACACGUCACGCCUGACGCCGAAGCCGAGCGCCAACAGCCUGGUGUCCCUCCCGUCGAUUCAAGAAAAACCAGCAACGCCACCGCUGACCUCGACUUGCGAGGCCGCUGCGACGACGAAGCCGAGCAGCGGGCUGGACGUGCUGCACGCGACGAGCGCGGCGCUCAUCCAGGCCCUCCGCGAGGUGCUCCUCGACGCCGACUUUGAAAAUGCGAUGAAGGCCCUGACGGCGUGGAUCCCCAUCAAGGACGAGGAUCUGCUGAUGAAGGUGACGAGGGCCGAGUGGAAGACGCAGCUUAAGAAACGGUCAUGA